GCUUCAUUAUCUCUGCGUUUCGUGAUCAUCGGUGGUAGCAUCGCAGGCCUCGCAUGUGCGUGUGCCCUACAAGAUGCCGGACAUCAAGUACGGGUGCUGGAAAAGAGCAGUGGCUCUUACACCGGGGUGGCGGGAGGUGUGCGUUCACCGCCAAACAUGACCCGAAUCCUGAACGGUUGGGGUCUCGGCCCUUAUCUGGCGGACGUAGCCCUCAGCAGCCGAGGGAUAACCUUCAAGCUGAGUGGUAACGGAGAUCAUAUUGGGACAUCCCUAUUCCAUCAGGAUAUCAUGCAGAGCUUGGGCGCAGAGUAUAUGUUCAUUGCGUACAGUGAUCUUCAUAAUGCUCUAUAUACUAUGGCUCUGGAGGCUGGAGCAGUCAUCCAGUACAAUGCAGGGGUCAUUAGCAUUGAUCCCUAUACUGCUUCUGUCCAUCUCGAAGGAGGUGCUGUGAUCGAGGGUGACAUUAUUAUUGCUGCCAACGGCUUUGAUAGUUUUGUGCGUCCUCUUGUUGCAGGCUGUUGUCCCCAGGAAAGCACAAUCAAAUUUUGCGAGGCCAACUCUUGCAUCCCAGCUGAAAGAAUGAGAGAUGAUGAGAAUCUUGCAGGUCUUCUGCACACCCCAGAACUGAGCAUUUGGAUGGGUGAUGGGCAUGCUGUUUGGGGCCAUCCAGUACACCACAAAGAUUCAUACGCUGUAGUGAUAGCAUGGCCUACUAAGCUGGAUAUAUUUAAUGAAGAUUUUGGAACAGAAAUGCCUCUUGAAGUCAUUGAUUUCAAGAUGAAUGAGUUAGACAAGAGCUUGUGUGAUCUCUUAUCCCUGGCUCAGCCACUGAGACCUACACUCUAUAAACCACACAAAGGUGAAGCACUUGGAAACCUUGUUCAUGAAAGUGGUAAGGUCAUCUUGGUUGGACAUGCAGCACAUCCAUUGCCCCCAAAUGGAACACAGAACACUGCACUCGUCAUUGAGGACGCUGCAGCUCUCGGGACUCUGUUUGCACAUCUGAGUUCCCAUGAUCAGAUACCAAGCCUGGUCAGUGCAUUUGAGGAGAUUCGUCUCCCUCGCUCUGCAGAUGUGAUCAAGUCAGAGAUCGGCAAGCUCGAAGCUGUUGCCCUUCCUCACGGCGCAAGUGAGGUGCAAGCGAAGGGCCUCUCGUCAGCACUGUCAAUGCCACUAACAAGCUGGGACGAUGAUAUCGAGAACAACCUACGGGCGGAAUGGGAGGAGCUUAUUCGCAUGUUCAACUACGAUGCUAACGAGGUGGCUGAAGAUUGGUGGGUCACAUGGGGCUCAAUCAUGGAACAUUCAAGCCCGCCGAUCGAU